AUGUACGAUUGCGUAUACAUCUGGAACAACUGGGCAACCGAAAGGUGUUAUGAUAACACAUGGGAACGUAAUAGCAUGCACAACUGCGCUGUAUUUUUUGAAGACUGCGACUUUUCAAGUGGACCAGUAGUCCGACAAGUGAUGCAAUUUCAGGAGGUGAUGAUCAGUUUCCUGCCUCUGGCACACAUGUUUGAAAGGUUGCUCGAGACAGCUGCUUUUAUGACUGGAAUGAAAGUUGGUUAUUAUGCGGGUGAUGUCAAAGCAUUACUUGAUGAUAUCAAGGAACUACAACCCACCGUUGUACCGGCCGUGCCCCGUGUGCUCAAUCGCCUCUACGAUAAAGUGAACACGGAGCUGAACAAGUCUUAUUUAAAGAAAAUGUUAUUUUCAUUAGCUUUAGCAUCAAAACGACUGGAUGUGCAGCGAAAAAUUCGCGAAAGUCUGGGCGGACAUGUUAAACUUAUGAUUACUGGCUCUGCGCCAUUGUCCGGUGAAGUUCUCGAAUUCAUUCGAAUUGUUAUGGGAUGUGUUGUUCUUGAAGGAUACGGGCAAACCGAAUGUGUUGCCGAAUGUACACUGAGCUGUGAAGCUGAUGGCACUACGGGUUGUGUUGGAAUACCUGUUUAUUGCAACAAAAUUAAACUUGUUGACGUACCUGAAUUGGGCUAUUUUGCUAAGGAUCAGGUUGGCGAAGUAUGUGUUAAAGGAUACAAUGUUUUCAAAGGGUACCAUAAAAAUGAGGAAUUAACAAAGGAAGCGCUGGAUACAGAGGGUUGGUUGCAUACAGGUGAUAUUGGUCGCUGGACGAAACAAGGAACCCUCAAAAUUGUUGAUCGCAAGAAGCAAAUUUUUAAAUUGGCACAGGGUGAAUACAUCGCUCCAGAAAAGGUGGAGGCUAUUUAUUUGCAGUCAAAGUAUGUGGCACAGAUUUAUUUGCAUGGCGAAAGUUUGAAAACUUGCUUGGUUGCUAUUGUUGUCCCAAAUGCUGAGGAACUGUACGACUUAGCGGACCAGCUACAUAUGCAGAAGAAAUCUUUGCCCGAAAUAUGCAAAAAAAGCGAAAUCAAGAAAGCUGUGCUGAGCAAUAUGACUGAAACGGCGAAGCUCAAGGGCCUUUGUUCAUUUGAACAGGUUAAAGAUAUUCACUUGUGCGCGGAGCCUUUCUCAGUUGACAACGGCCUCUUGACACCGACACUGAAAAAUAAGCGCUCUGUGCUGAAGAAGCAUUUCGCAAAGGAGCUGGCUGCACUGUACUCGAAAUUGCAAUGA